CUGCAACUGAUACGUCAACGGCAACUGGCGAUCCAGACGAUACGCGGCAGUCUCGGAGACCCGACCGGCUAUUCGUCCGCGGUCGCGCCCUUGAUGCACAUCAAGCAGGAGAUCCAAAUACCUCAAGUCUCGAGUCUGACCUCGUCGCCAGACUCGAGCCCGUCCCCCGCGACCGUGGCCGCGGGCCUGGUCACGACGCAAGCCGGCGGCAGCGGGGCCGGUCAGCACCAGCUGAUCGCGCCAUCCAGUCAACCCAACAUCGGUACCAGUGGCGGCGGUGGCAGUGGCGGUGGUGGCGGCGGUGGUGGUGGCGGUGGCGGUGGUGGAGCCGGUGGAGGUAGCGGCAGUGGCGGAGGCGGCGGAAAUCACCUGCACAAUCUCAAUCCGGGUCUGGACAGUAAACUCUGGGCCGCGAACUCCACCACCCCCGGCACGAAGGUCUUCAACUUCGGCGAACAAUCCGCCCAGCCGCAUGGCGGGGUGCCGAGCUACGCGCCCAACCCCCCCGUCGCUCUCAAGAGCCCGAUGAUAAGGGAGUUUUUAUUGUCGAUCGACGACCGCGAGUGGCAGUCGUCUCUCUUCGGACUGUUGCAAAACCAAACGUAUAAUCAGUGUGAAGUGGACUUGUUCGAAUUAAUGUGUAAAGUGCUCGAUCAGAAUUUGUUUUCGCAGGUAGACUGGGCUAGAAACUCGACGUUCUUCAAAGAUCUUAAAGUUGACGAUCAAAUGAAGUUGCUGCAACACUCUUGGUCGGAUAUGUUGGUGCUAGAUCACCUUCAUCACAGGUUACACAAUAAUCUACCUGACGAGACGACCCUUCACAAUGGCCAAAAGUUUGAUCUUCUCUGUCUCGGCCUACUCGGCGUUCCUUCCUUGGCCGAAACCUUCAGGGAACUGUCCAAGACGCUUCAGGAACUAAAAUUCGACGUCCCCGAAUAUAUAUGCAUGAAAUUUCUAAUGCUGUUAAAUCACGAUGUCCGUGGAUUAGUAAACAAGAAGCAUGUGCAAGAGGGUCACGAGCAAGUUCAACAGGCGCUUAUGGAAUACACGCUACAUCAUCACCCAUCUGUACUGGAUAAAUUUAACAAGCUGCUAGCAGUAUUACCGGACAUUCACGAGGUGGCAACCAAGGGAGAAGAGCAUCUUUAUCAGAAACAUUGUAAUGGAGGCGCGCCAACACAAACGCUUCUCAUGGAGAUGCUUCACGCCAAGAGGAAAUGAAACGAUCAGUUUUACUUGUUUUAGAGAUGUAUCCGUGGAGAAUUACCCCUGUUAAUGGGUAUAAGCGCAGGGAAACAGUAAGCAAGAUGCCUUGAAAACAGUACAAAGGGUGGUUAACAAAAAAUAUUGGUCAAAGGGCAGGCAACUUUUGUCUAAAUAAGUAAAGCUAUUUUUCUAAUACUUAGAGGCGAAUUUAUUUUUAAGCAUACCACACUGAAGCCUUGCUCUCACUCGAACGAAAUAUAUCGUACCGCUAAAAGAGAAUCAAAUUCUCUCUCCAGAUCAAUCGUGCUUCUGCAAGGGAUUCAAUGGGCAUACUUGAAUGACAAUGAACUUGCAUGUGAUAUAACAUGUGUUUGUCGCACGGCCACCUGGGCAUCCUUAGGAUUUCCUAUAAAGAAAAAAAAUCUGCAUUUUUGUCACACUUGCACACAGCGGGGCUACUACAUUGUAAAUACUAGUUAACACAUUCCAAUUAUGUUGUAAAGUACAGAUCAUGUUAAAUAUUGUAAUUACAAUAUUUUGUGUAUAGUUGAAUAAUGAAAUGAAAUAAAUAUAUUUCUGUUGCUUACUUGAGGAAAAUCAUUAGCUACUUAAAUGUCUUCACUAAUUUUAGGAUCUUAUUCAUGUAUCUUUCUUUAUUACUUCUCAAAUAGGUGGCGGAAAGGAAUAACUACAAAUUGCGAUAUUUUACUAUUGUAUGUUGUAUCGUAAUAAAGAUUCUGUUUAAGAAAUAAAAGAAUCAUUGGAGCAAGGUUUAUGUGGUCCUAUAUUGUCUAGCAAUUAAUUCUAAAUGCAUAAGAUAAUAUUAAUCGUAUCGCAAUUGUUAAAUAGAAAAAAAUAUUUAGUAAAUGUUAAGAUAGCGAUCAAAAGUAGUAAUUUUUCACUAAAUAUAUUAUUAUUAUUAUUAAUUACUAUUAUUAUUGUUUAGCCAAUAGUCAGAAAUUCUUCAGUGCUGUGAAGGCUGUCUUUUCGACGCCUGUGGUAUUUGAAGCCAUUGGAAAUUACAUAUUGUAUUAGAUGCAAAGUUUAAAUGUGACAACAGAGACAGAAAUCUUUCUUUGCACCGGUGGAUUGAUAAUAUUAUCCGUUGCGACUCUUCUUGUUUUUAUUCACGUAUCAAAUACGUACCUGCUGCAAAAAAAAGGCUAUUUUACUACUUUCACUUUUUCCACCGAUCUUUCAAUACAUUUAACUAGGUGUAAAGUGCUUGUUGACAAGCGCGGAACUUGAUGUCUCGUGUUAGAUUAAGAUUCGAGUGUUAAAUCAAAUCAAGAGGAACAGUAACGAGUAUUAUUACCAAUGGAAUUAAAUAUUUCCUCGAGGACAACGCAUGUACUUAUCACGCAACUAAAGAUUUGUGUCCAUUGUCAGUUUUGACUUUAUACGUCGAUAUAGAAUAUGCAAAUGUUCCCAAAUUUUCAAAUCGUUCAAUUUUUCAUUAAACACGAAAUUGGAAGCAGCCUAGGCUUAUCAUUGUUCUCAUCUACAAUAACGCUUCUUUGAGAAAAGAAAGAAAAAGAUUAUUUUUAUUUAACUCACGACACGAAUGAUGACUACCUCUUCAUAUUUGUAUUAAGUUUUUAUAUUUUUACAUUUUUAGUAACCACAUACCUCAGAAUAGACGCCCAGAUAGCAAUUUGAAUGGAACGAAUGAAUGCAUAAACAGAUAUUUUUUAUUCGUGUAGUGUGUAUAAUUACACGUUAAGAAACUACGAUGUAAUACAACUUAUUAAAAGUAUCGUACCCAUGUCCACACGUUAUUAGCUCUUAGUUAAAUAUUACUAUUGUAUUUCUGCAAAUUAGUUCAUAAUUCUGUCGUUUACCAUGUGUUAGUUACUGCUGUCUCACAAUUGAAAAAUGUGGCUUUAAAUCAUGCAUUGCUGUUUGGGUAAGACGAGUUUACGCUAUCGUUUAUUUAUUGUUCUUCUUUCAUCUCUGAGACCUCCUGCUGAACGUGUCGGUCUGAUAAUUUUGGAACAAGUCGUAUUAGCCGCAAACACUAUCAUAUGUUAAUAAGAAAAAAGCUCUGUCGAAAAAGAAAUAAGAUAGCUCGAAAUUAAUUAUCUCUGUAUAUAUUUUGUAUUAUAGAAUAAAGCAUAUAAAGCGUGACAUAUUAA